CCCAGGUAGGUAGGAGGUAAGAGGUUAAGAGAUACACUUUACUGUACUCGUAAUGGGUAAAUGCUGAUCCUUGCCGCAUGAGCGUUUACAUACUAAUUAAAGCUUCCUUGAGUUGAGCCAAUCAAUUGAAAAUCCACCACUGCUGCUUGGUAAAUCAAUCUGAUGCUCAAGUGGGUGCGUGCGUGCUCACUGCAAUCAAGUAUCGUGUCUUAGGUAAGCAAUAUUAUGCUUGGUUGCCUCAUAUCGAAAUUAAGGCAAAUCUGGAGAUAUUUUUUGAUAUUGUCCUUGGGGGAGAGAGUUGAACCAAUCUCUCUCGACACACACAACAACAUGGCUUUACGGGAUAUAUCAUCGACGUUAUGUCGAUUUUCUAGAAGAGAAAUAAGGUCAACGCCAGGAGCGAUAGGAAGGAAUUGUCGCAGAUAUGCAUCUGGAGAGACUGUUGCAGCAAAGGAAAUCCCAGAAGACUUUCAAGAUCUCGAAUCGCAAUCAUCAUUUACUUCAACAUCUGUGCCAAAUGAAGUCAUUGAAAGUUAUGACCCUUUAAAGAGUGCCCAGGGAAGAAAAAGGGAACUUCCUGCUAGUCGGUAUGAUUGCGACAAUACUCACAGGAGAAAAGAGAAGACAAUGCUUAUUAUAUCUUCUAUAGAUACCAAUUUCGAUCACCAAGAUACUACCGAGGACCCCUCCAUCCUCAUCAACCUCCACCGAGAUCCGAUCCAGCAUCUCGAGAAUUCGUUCCUGGCCCAUUUGGUUCCAAUCGUCUCGAACAAACCUAUACAUCCACCAUCUCCCACGAUAUCAUGACCAUGGCAUAUGUUCACAAACCUCCCGGAACCGUCACAAUUCCCAAAGACGAUCGUUUACGAACGUGGGAUGACUCCUCACCGUAUCAUAAGGGUAGACCAAAGAGAGGCCCUCGUGGUGGAGAUGUUUUACGUCUUAUUGAACAAGAUAUCAAUUGGCGCAAUAUUCCUAAAAUCGAAGAAAUUACAGUACAUUCGAUGAUUAAGGGUGCACUUGGGGAUUCCGCAUAUCUACAUGUUGCUGGUAUUGUACUACAAUCAAUUACAGGUGUUAGGCCAGAGGUUCACAAGGCAUCACAUAGUGUUGCACAAUUUGGUAUUCGAAAGGGCAUGCCAGUUUCAUUAACUUGUACUAUGAGGAAUAAUGAUGCACUGGAGUUUCUUGAUAAGUGUAUCAAUGUGGUAUUUCCAAAAAUUAAGGAUUGGCAAGGUGUAAAAGGUAAGUUACAUUUGUGCAUGUCGAAAGAAAGAAGAAGGCUAAUUAAGAUAGGUUCAACUGGAGAUGGUAGUGGAAAUCUAUCAUUUGGUUUCAACAGAGAGGGUACUAUACUAUUCCCUGAAGUUCAGGUCAACUAUGAUGUAAGAAUUUUAUCCAUGAUCUUAAGGUCUUUCAUUUUGUUCCGCAACUAACACAAUUCCCAAGAUGUAUCCACCUAGGUUGAUUCCUGGAUUUCACGUCACAGUCAAAACAACAGCGACAUCUGAUCGUCAUGCUAGACUUUUAUUGAGUGCUAUGGGUAUUCCAUUCUAUGGAAAGCUGGUUGAUUAAUUUCAAUAUUUUGACAAUGAAGUAGAUGAGAUGAUGUAGAUCAUGUGUAGAUACAGCAUGUAACACAAUACCAUCAUAUACAGCGCAUCUAACUUCAACCUUCAUUUUCUGACUUGCAGUGCAAUUCUCUUCAUGUCCAAUAUACGCUUUGGCGUUUGAA